CCGCCACAUUCAAUAUAUGUAAUUUCCUCUCAACGUUUUGUUCCGCCCUAUUCCCAACCAAACUCUCCAAGCAGCAUGGAGGCGUCUGUAAAUAAGAGGAACCCGAAACUGAGAACUGCAUGCGAUAGAUGCUACGAGCUCAAAGAACGAUGCGAGCGUACAACGACUUCCGCCCACUGCGCACGAUGUGAGAGGCUGGGUCUAGCUUGUUCAACCGUUCGGCCAGUGCGGCCUGUCGGUAGAAGGGUCCAUCAUGAGAAGGACCUUGUCUCCAGACUGACGCCGGGCAAGCGCAGAAGGCUGCAGCAUUACCAACCUGCCAUCGACGCUUGGAUGAAUAUCCUUCCCGACCAGCAACCAGAAGAAAAGGAGCUGUUGCAGUUUCUCCUGGGCCAGGCUGGAAGCUUGGAUCACUACGUCGUGUGCCCGAGCUUUCAAGCCGAGCAGCAACAUUCGCUCGCUGCACAGCUGCCAGCUGCACUUCCACUGCUCAAGGAUGCUUAUCUUGCAUGUGCUAUUACGCUAAAGCAGCUUCAAUCUGACACUAUAACGGACGCGGAUGUCAAUAUCAGUAUCAGGUAUAUAUCAAAAGCUAUGUGCGCAUUACGCUCACUGCCUGCCUUGCGUUCGGAAGACACAGUUCUAUGCCAUACUCUAGGAGGUAUGCUGGCUUUCUCGAUCUAUUCAGCCAUUGGUGUAGGAGUUCCAGACAUUUGCCGUUACUGUCUCGGUACAACAAGUUCUUUUGUGGGAACAACAAUAUCCAGCUCACAAAAAGAUCCGUGGCAGAACUUACUGGUCCUCCUGGAGACCAUGAACUGCUUGGUCCACCGACAACGGCCGACAUUAAGAAUUCAGAUACCAGCCUCUGGUGCCAUUGAUCGCCACCUUGGUCUCUCCUUACCUCUCUUGCCUUAUUAUCAUGAUCUUUGUGUAAUUAGCAAUUCACUGCUUGAUAUAACUGACGUGAGCAUUCUGGCUUGUCUUCAAAAACAAAUAGAUGACAUCCAAUCUGUUGUUGAACCAUGGCAGCCAUCUAACUUGGAUCAACUUGUUGAUCAGUUCGAUUCAGCGGAAAUUGUCCACCUUCUUGCGCAAGCUAAGGUAUACCGCUUAGGAGCGCUCCUGGUGGGCCAUCGGUUGCGAUAUCCAUUUGGUCAGGAGGAUUCUCAGGCGGAAACAUGGUCCAAGGAAGUUAUCAUGGAACUUGAAAUGGCGCAUCGAGUCACGAAGAGAUCGAUACGAUUUGUGACAUUACCAUUCAUCAUCGCAGCCGUUGAAGUUCGAGGUAAGGAUGUACGCUCCAAGACGCUCCAGCGCGUGGACGAUUGUGUUGAUCGAUACGCUCCAUUCUUACAAAAGGCAACCAAGACAUUCUUGUCAAGAGUUUGGCGCGAGCGGGAUUUGAAUCUCACGAGUCGUUGGUUUGAUUCAGUACAUAAACCAUGUCCUUUGCUAGAUUCUAUUUACACAGCUUGCUCUAGUAGCUAAUAGAACUAGGAGGAUUCCUGAUGAAAAACACUCUCAAGCAUUUAUAGCUACUAUUACUCUAAAUACUAUUUAUGAUCGAG